ACGUCGCGUAGUGAACGUCAACGAAAGGAGUCAUUCAUUUUGCAAAACUAUUUCCUGAAAAACACUGAUUUAUUUACAAAAUUGUUUUCAAACUCCAUUUUUAUUUGAUCUAAUGUUAAAAUGAAUCGAACUGAAGGGUUGGUGCAACGAAGAAACGUUAUUAAGGACAGUAAUUCAGAUGGAGCUUUAAAGGAAAAUCACGAUACCGAUGAUAAGAAAAAUGAUAAAAAUUAUGAUGACGGAGAUUCAAAAGAAACAAGAUUAACACUGAUGGAAGAAGUUUUACUUUUAGGCUUAAAGGACAAAGAGGGUUACACAUCAUUUUGGAACGACUGCAUAUCAAGUGGCUUGAGAGGAUGUAUAUUAAUCGAGCUGGGAUUACGGGGUCGUGUUGAAUUGGAAAGAGCUGGGAUGCGAAGAAAAGGACUUUUAUCUAGAAAAGUAAUUGUAAAGUCAGAUACUCCUACUGGUGAUGUUCUAUUAGAUGAGGCCUUAAAACAUAUGAAAGAUACAGACCCACCAGAAUCUGUUCAGAGUUGGAUAGAAUAUCUAAGCGGUGAAACCUGGAAUCCUAUGAAACUCAAAUACCAGCUAAAAAAUGUAAGAGAAAGACUGGCAAAGAAUUUGGUUGAAAAAGGUGUUUUAACUACAGAGAAACAAAACUUUUUACUAUUUGAUAUGACUACUCAUCCUCUCACAGAUAAUGUUGUUAAGUGUCGCUUAGUUAAAAAGGUUCAAGAAGCGGCUCUGCGACGAUCUAUUACUGACGUAGCCCAUGCUGACAAGCGUUCUUUGGCUCUUCUUAUGUUAGCUCACUCUGCUGACGUUCUAGAAAAUGCUUUUGCUCCUCUUUCUGAUGAGGAUUACGAAUUAGCCACGAGACGCGUACGUGCUCUCCUCGAUCUUGACUUUGAAGCCGAGGCCAUGAGACCUGAUGCCUGUGAAAUCAUGUGGGCAGUUUUUGCAGCGUUCACUAAAUAGCGGUGACAUAUACUAACAACAAUUUAGAAGAAAGGUGAAAAAAAAAAUGUUAACAGUUAAAUCAACAAGUCCUAAAAUCGAAAUUUCCUAUAACAAUGACAUAUUAUUGGUGCACUUCGGCGACCAUUUUGUAAAUUUAAAUAUUUUAUAAUUUAGCAGGUAAGUAACUAACAUAACAGUAAAUACAUUAUGCCAAUAUACAGUUGUAAUUAUGGAAAUCUAUUAGAGACAGUUUAAAUUAAAAGUGUUAAGUUCAGAUCAUUCAGCAUUAGUAAAUUUGAAGCCUGAAGGUUACUUUAUUCACUGCUGUAAUAAUUUUUUUGGUUUCCAAAUUAUAAUUUUUUAUUUAUUUGGGUAAUUUUUAAGCAGGCUUAUGAUAUGAGUAACAAUAUUUAAGUGAAUUUUUAGCUUAUUUUAUUAAAUUUAAUGGUAUGAUUUAGUGUGAUUUAUUAAUUGGUACCAUUAUAUCUACAUAUAUAUUUUUCUAUAGCACAAUAAUUUUCAUGUGUAAAGUGUAAUCUUUAUGCUGUUACAUUGAUUUAAAAUAGCAAAUAGGGAAUAGCUAAUGAGCAUCUAUACACUUUAAAGAAGCUUACAAUCCAUAUGCUAGAAAUCAGAAGAAAAUUAACCAUUAUAAGAUCACCAAAUUAUGUUACUAUAAAAUGGCAAAUAAUGGUUGUUUAUCUGACAAAUAAACACAUGACUUGAUCAUUAAAAGUUGGUUGGAAUAUUGAAAAAUAUAUUGUAUGAUAUAAACAGUUGCAUCAUCGCGAUAUUAGCUCGACUAGCUUUCGUUUUGUGCAAUGGCAGGUUUGAAAUAUAAUUGAUUUUAAAAAAAUCCUCUCUUAUUUCAUAAAACACGUAAUAGUUGUUCUACAAUCUCAUUUAUAAUCAUGUACACAUAGCAGCAUGUCAGUUUCUCACAAAAUGGUAGCAAUUCUGUUCUACAAAGUAGACUAAAUUUAGUUUUAAUCGUGUCAAACUGCCUUUUAAAUCCUAUAAAUAAGAUAAUAAAGACAGUUCAUGUCCAUAUUUGUAUUGCAAUUAAGUGACUCACUGUCAAAAUACUUCAACAACUUUACUCUAGAUAUGAUUUAUAUAGUAGUCUUAUCAUAAGAAUUUUGUUAAAAUUUUAUUAUAUUUUCUGAGCUAUCUAUGUUGUUCAGUUUAUUAUCAAUAGGAUUAUAUAUAUGUUAACCAACUUCAAAAUGAGGAGGUGGUAUUAUGUUCGACUGAAUGUUAUUUUAUGUAUGUUCGUAAUUUUUCCGUGCUAUGUAGAGCUAUUUUCAUAAUUGUAUUUUUUUUUAUUUCAACGGGAAUUUUAUAAGAAUAAAAUGAUUUCAAAGUUAAGUACAAAUUAUGAUUUGGCGUUCAUUUCAAAUCCUAACAAAGUAACUUUUUUUUUUGUGUUAAUUGAAAGGGCAGGAAGUGUAAUGAUUAUGUAAAUUACUAGUAGCCAGUUGUCCUUUGAUAGCUGUAGUUGAUGACUGGAUAAAUAAGUUCGCUUAAGUAAAUAAAGAAGGUGCACAAUGAUGAAACCUUUGUAGUUUUUAUACUGAGAGCGAUUUCGAAUCCAUAACAUCACAUGUGUGUUUUAGAUGCAUGGAUUAUAAAUUAUACAUUUAGAGAAAGAUUUAGACAUUUUCUCAUUAUAAAAUCUGUUGGAGAUCUUCAGGUGUAGGUAUAUGAUAAAAAUAAAAUAGAGAUAUAACAAUGUCUUGUAGACAUUAGUUUACCUUUUAUAUUUUCAACGCAUAAGUCACAUACGGUCAGUUGCACAAACGUUCAUUAAGGUUUAAUGACGCCUUCAAGUUCUAAUGAAUGUUAUAUUUGUAUGGGUAAUGUCGCUUUAAACUAAUGAAAAAUUUAAUGGACGUUUGUGAUAGUAUUCCGCUACGCUUAGCAAAAUUGUUUUAUAAAGAAUGGCGGAGUAAUUAACAAUGAACAGUACAGGAUAUUCAAAAUUUCUGAUAUACUUCUCUAAUUAAUAUUAAACCUUACCAUAUCAGAAUUUAAGUUCAAAAUAUAAUAUUGUGGUAACCAGGUGUGAUGUGUUGACACAAGUGUUGAUGGAUCUUAAUAUAAAAUUAACGAUAAAUAAAACUUUAAUACGUC